UUGAUUUUACAACUCUUUAAACAUUUGCCAAACAUAAGUCCCAACACAAAGUCGUCUGAGGUCAUUGACGCAUUUUCGCAAACACAUUGAUUUCGAGAUGCAUUUGAGCGAGAACGAGGGGAUAGAAGGCAAAACCUUCGUGAUCACCGGGGGGCUUGGCUUUGUGGGCUCGGCCCUCUGCUUGGAGCUGCUCAGAAGAGGUGCAUAUCAAGUUCGGGCCUUCGAUAUUCGGGCCGGAUCACCCUGGUCUGACGCUCUCCGUGCUCGCGGCGUUCGUUGUCUACAAGGGGAUGUGUGUAAGCAAAAGGAUGUUGAGAAGGCUUUACAAGGGGCUGAUUGUGUUUUCCACCUUGCCUCUUAUGGAAUGUCGGGCAAAGAGAUGCUUCAGUAUGGGCGUGUCGAUGAAGUAAACAUAAACGGAACCUGCCACGUCUUGGAUGCUUGCCUUGAGCACGGCGUGAGCAGGCUCGUUUAUGUCAGCACGCAUAAUGUCGUGUUUGGCGGGCAAGAAAUCGUGAAUGGAAACGAGGCGUUGCCUUACUUUCCUAUCGCUGACCAUGUAGACCCGUAUGGCCGCAGUAAAUCUAUAGCCGAGCAGCUUGUUCUCAAACACAACGGUCGAUCAUUUAGAAAAGAGAAAGGAACGUUAUAUGCCUGUGCGAUCCGCCCUGCUGCUAUAUAUGGGCCAGGUGAAGAAAGGCACCUGCCUAGGAUCAUAACACUCGCAAAGUGGGGUCUUCUGCUGUUCAAAAUUGGUGAAGCGAAUGUGAAGUCGGAUUGGGUAUAUGUUGAUAACCUUGUUCUGGCAAUGCUCCAGGCAAGCAUGGGCCUUUUGGAUGAUAUUCCCGGGAUAGUAGGACCGCCUGUUGCUGCCGGCCAAGCCUACUUCAUAUCGGAUGGCUCUCCAGUCAACAGUUUUGAGUUCCUCAGGCCUCUGCUCGAAGGCUUGGAAUAUGAGCUCCCUAAACUGACAUUGCCCGUCUCCCGAGCUCUUUUCCUUGGAAAGCUUUUCUCUGUGUUUUACUCACUUUUGUAUCCGUGUCUAAACCGAAGGUGGCUUCCUCAGCCUCUGAUACUCCCCGCUGAAGUCUACAAGGUUGGCACUACACAUUACUUUUCGUUCCUCAAAGCAAAGGAGGAACUGGGCUAUAGGCCUCUGGUCAGCCCUAAAGAGGGUAUGGCUGCAACAGUUGAUUACUGGAAGGAGAGGAAACGAAGAACGCUGGAUGGUCCGACCAUAUACGCGUGGGUGGUUGUCGUGAUUGGAAUGGCAAUGCUGUUCUGUGCCGUUUGCUUGCCUGACUUGGGCCCUGUUCCCGUGAUAAGAGCGAUUUGCCUCUUCUUUCUACGCUCCAUGGCGGUGAUACGAGCAGUCUUCGUCUCUGCUGUUGCUGCACAUAUCGGGGAGGGCGUGUACGCGUGGCAUCUUGCAAGAAGAUGUGAUCCUGCCAAUGCAAGAGGUUGGUUUUGGCAAACUGUUGUUAUGGGAUUCUUUUCAUUGCGUUUGCUACUGAAAAGAGCUGAAUUGCAAUCAAAGUGAGAUCUAUCUCCUUUGUGGUACUGAGUUAUGAUUGGAGAUUUCUUUCUAAUUUACUGGAAAGUUUAAUUAUGACGUGAAAAUAAUAAUAGUACUUCUAUAUCA